GCCGUACCGUUAACCUCUGUUAACCUCAACGCUAUUAUUUAACUAAAAGUAACUAGUUUUUACAUUCCAUUAGGGGACUGAAUGUACGUGCAAUCAGCAUGGAAGAGUUAAUAAGGAAUAUUGUUCUUUUAUUAUUUACGGAAGAAUGUAUGAAAGAGUAUUUGGACGAAUUAAAUUUCUUUCAUGUUGGAUGCUUUAAAUCGACGUUAAGUACAGCAUUAGGCUUCGGCAUCAUCAUUGGAUCUCUACUCGUUAAGGUACCACAAAUUAUAAAAAUUCUUAAAAGCAAAAGUGUAGAAGGCAUCAAUGUCUACAGUGUGUUAUUGGAUUUAUUUUCCAUCACUUCAAUGGUGUCCUACAGUUUUGUUAGUGGUUUCCCAUUUAGUGCAUGGGGUGAUGGAGUUUUCCUAGGAUUGCAAACUUUAGCAAUUGCUAUUUUAAUCAUGCAUUUUAGUGGUAAUACAAUUCAAGCAACUGCGUUUCUUGCUGCUUAUUUAGCUGUGGUAUCUGCUGCCACCAGUGGGUUGACCCCUGUGAAGGUUUUGUGGGUUUGUCAAGCAAUGGUUAUACCCAUUAUUCUCAUCAGUAGGUUAAUGCAAGCGUAUACAAAUUAUUCCAAUGGAAGUACAGGUCAGCUAUCAGCAAUAACCGGUUUUAUGUUAUUCUUUGGAUCUCUGGCAAGAAUAUUCACUUCUAUUCAAGAAACAGGAGAUAUGACAAUGAUAAUAAUGUAUAUAUGUUCCACUACUGCAAAUGCUAUAAUAGCUGCUCAAAUUUUGUAUUAUUGGAAUGUAGAUACAAAGAGCAAUGUUAUGACAAAAAAGGUUCAAUAA